AUGGCGGAUCAGCUUACUGACGACCAGAUCUCUGAGUUCAAGGAAGCUUUCAGCCUGUUCGACAAGGAUGGCGAUGGUUGCAUCACGACCAAGGAACUUGGAACCGUAAUGAGAUCCUUGGGCCAGAACCCGACCGAAGCUGAGCUCCAGGACAUGAUCAACGAGGUCGAUGCAGAUGGAAAUGGCACCAUCGAUUUCCCCGAAUUCCUUAACCUCAUGGCCCGCAAGAUGAAGGACACGGACUCCGAGGAGGAGCUUAAGGAGGCCUUUCGUGUAUUUGACAAGGACCAAAACGGGUUCAUCUCGGCAGCCGAGCUCCGUCACCCCUUUUGA